AUUACUUUGGUUAAAGUCUUAAACCCUUGAAACCACAAAACCCUUGGAAGCUUGAACUUCAACAAUGGCGGAUUAUCAGUCGCCGCGAGCAGAAAAGAGCAGCAGUAGCAGCGCAAUGAAGAGGAAGAAAAAGAGAAAGCUUCCAGAUUCGGAGAAUAAAUACGAGGACAAGGCUUCGAAAUCAUCUCGUAUCAAUCAAUCGGAUGAUUUUGUAAACGAACCAAUAGAAGGAGAUAAGGAAACGACAACAGAAUUGCUUGAAGAUGCAACUCCGUGGAGAAAUUUGCAGUUAAUUUUGUCACUACAGAAGAAGAAUCUCAGUAUUGAGAAAAAGGUAGAACUCGCAUGUAAGUUUGUGAAUUUGAGUUUUAGUCAAGUAGCAGAUGACACAACUCAUCCAUCAGAGGCUGUUAGCUUUGAUAGAGUAGUUACAUUUCUCAACAAUUGGGUCCAGUCAACGUUAAUCUCUUCAGAGAAAGAAAUUAGGGUUUCAGGGCUUACUCCUCAGUUUGGUGUAAGUGGUUCUUGUUUAGAUUAUAGAUGCUGGAAGAUUUUCAAGUUCUGCCUGGAGGAGGGUAUGAAAUUAAACAUUUCACUGAGCUUUUCUAAGGAUAUCUUAAAAGUUAUUCACUGCAUCACUAGGAACAUGGAAAUCAAAGAUUUGAAUGAAGAUGAGUUAACAUUAUACAACACAAUUCUUGAUUGCAUUUCACUCAUUUUCACAUCACAUGGUGGUGUUUCAAAUGAAAAUCUAGAUUUAUGGAUUUUGUUAGUUGGUACUUUACUUGAUCUUGUUCUGAAAGUUAUCACCAGUAAUCUCAAUGAUACCAUAUCAGGAACAAUUGUCAUGAAUUUGACAUGCAUAGUACUUGAUCCAUUCAUCAAGUUCUUAAGGCUUCAUCCAAAUCGGAAAAAUGGUUUUCAAGAUUUUGUGGAUAAGCUUUUGGAACCUUUGCUAUGCUUACUGCAUGUAAUACACUCUUCUGAACUUGCCACAAGUAAAUUAUUGAAGCUAAUUGAAGAAGUCUUCUCUCAGGGAUUAUUUCAUCCCUCUCACAUUGAUGGAUUUUUGAGCUUACAAAGCUUAUCUAAGUAUAAACUAUCUGAUGAAGGAAAGCCAAAAGACUCAAAAACAGUUAUCAGAAGUUAUCACAGACACUUGUUUGAUAAACUAGGAAGAAUAGUGGUGGAGAAGAAAGCCUUGGCAUUAUCUGGUGAAGGGGAGCUUUUUCGUAUGUAUGUCCAUUGUAUCAAAAGGCAAGAUAGUCUAUCUGCUUUAAAUGCUGAAACUCGGAAGUCAUUGUUUGAUUUCUUUGUACAAAUUCUAGAGCCUUUGUUAGGUGACAUUGAUAUUUACCUUCAAGAUGAAAUGGAAAUAGGAACAAUGCUAGAAGAUGUUCAUUGCACACUCACAUCAUUCAACUCAAUUCUUAUCAACUUAAUGCAAGAGAAAGUCUACACAAGGGUAGAUGAUGCAUCUGAAGGGGCUUGUGCUAAUUUCUUGAAAUUGGUCUGUGAUAAAAUAACACUACUUUCUUCCAAAAUAAAUCAGUUAGUUUCUUCAACUUUUGAUGCAAACAAUGGAACAUGUAAGGAUUUGGUGGAGUUGGUAGCCAAAGAUGUUAUUUCAUGCCUGGAUUAUUUAUUGGAAAUUGAUUAUGAGGUUCUUGGGAAUGAUCUUGAAAGUUUAUGGCUUUUGAUGUUCUCAUAUGGGACACUUGGACACAGUUUGACAAAUUCACAGGAUAAGCCCUCGAUAAUUCCAGAAAUUCUUCAUCUUGGAUGCCACAUGGUUAACCUUUACAGUGAGCUUCGUCAGGUGGGAACAUCUGUUUUUGCACUUUGUAAAGCAAUCAGGCGUUUCAUAUCAUCUGCAAACAAAAAAGAAUCUAAUCAUUCAAAAUCAUGGGGAAAUUCAUUGAGACUGAUAUUAUGCUCACCAGAGUUAAAACUUUCCAUCCAUAAUGCUGUAAAGUCCAUACCUGAAGGGCAAGUGGGUUUAUCUAUUAAAGAAUUAGCUACUGAUGUCUCCGAAUCCCUUGAAUGGAUGAAGGGUACUUUAGACAAUUCACAUCAUAAUGUCCAGUUGAAAGCAGAGGUUCUUGGUAGUGGUUUAUCCGAAGUGUACACUUUAAUUGUGGACUCAUUGGUUGUCACUACAGAAGCUUAUAUCGACAAGCCAUCACUCUUGCACCUCCUACUACAUCCAAAAAGAUACAGAAAAGGACAAAGGAGGCUUGUUGACUUGAAUAGAUUGGUCAACUCCCUUGAGUUUGUGAUCAAGAGGAAUGAAAUGAUAAUUAGUGAGGGGAAAGAAGCAGAGGGUAUUAAUGGUAAACAAAAUAAACGAUUGGGAAAGCGACUUAUGAAGUUAUCAGAAGAGGCGAAAGGUCUUACAAGUUAUAUAAUGGGACACCUGUCUUUAUUGAAUAAAUCUGAGCCAAAUUAUGAAAGUGGAUGGGAUUUUUCGGUUGCUUCCAUAGAUAAGAAGUCAUUACCUUCUGCACUUUGGUGCAUGAUUUGUCAGAAUAUCGAUGUUUGGAGUGCUCAUUCAGCUAAGAAGAAAUUAAAGAUGUUUCUUUCAAUUCUUCUUCAAAAUUCUCUUCCAUUUGUGAAGAGUAAUUUGAAGCAAUUUGGAGAGCAGAGUGUUGUUGGAGGUGGAAACUUGAAGAAGGUCAUGAUACAUGAAAUCUCAUUGGAGCUUCUCAGCAAUACAAUGCUAUAUGAGGAAAAAUUUAUUCGAAGACAUAUGGCAUCAAGGUUUUGCAGCUUUCUUCAAGAGUUAGUGUCACCAUUAUUUAACAAUGGAGUAGAUAUUGAAUUGCAAGAGGAACCCAAAUGGCCUGAGGUUUUAAGCUCCCUUAAAAUUCCUUCAGUAGUUGCAAAUAAUAUCAGUGAGGUGAAUGAUUGUUCUUCAAUGGAUCCAUCAUCUUCUCUCUCUAUCAAGAAGCAAGAAGUUGAUGAAUCAAGUCAGAUAUAUAAAGUUUGUCAAAGUUCACUCAGUUUUCUCUGUUGGAUGCCCAAAAGAUGGAUAAAUUCUAAAUCUUUUUCUCUCUAUGCAACUUGUAUAUUAAAUCUUGAAAGGGUUAUACUCAACACUUUAUUGGGUGAAAAAUUGCAUGAUCAUCUUGAGCUUUUGAGGCUCUUUCUUUGUUGUAGAAAAACCCUAAAGUAUCUAAUGAUGACAUUCUGUGAAGAGAAUAUUUCCACCAAUCAAAAUUCUCUUAAUGCCCUACACUUUAAAGGCAAGUUUCCAGCUUUAUGGCUCUUAAAGUCAUUACUCUCACUACAAAACACAUUUUCAACAAAUCACAACACUGAAUUGAAGAAUAUGAUGUUUUCACUUACUGAUUACACAUCAUAUGUGUUUUUCACCCUCAUCAAGGGUACUCUUGUCAAUGCAAGCCAUUCCCUUAUAUCCUCUAGGGAUCCUUUUCACAAGAAUACUGAAUCUGUAUCUCCAUCUGAUCAAGAAGAUGGAAUUAAUGCAACAAACUUUUUGAUUCAUGUAUCUGAGGAAUUAAAAGAUUAUGCAGAAAUUAUGUUAGGGGAAAGGGAAACCAGUUGUUAUGGAAAGGCGACAUCUGUUCUUUCUUGCUUUCAGGGAUUUUUGUGGGGACUUUCAUCUGCUUUAUCUCGUAUGGACACAAAGAAUAUUAAUCUCAAAGCCAUUUUCUCUAGAAAAAAGUUUGAACCUAUUGACAAAUUGAAACUCUGCAUAGAUACUUACACAGCUUCUAUAAACAAAUCUUUGUGUGAGCUCUUUCUGAAAGCUUCUUUUUCCGAAAUUUCCUCUAAUGGGUAUGAAAAACGCCUAAAUUUGGAAACUUUAGAAAUGGGAAACACAGAGAUAAACAAGUCCUUUCUUCAGAAUCUUCUAGAAGGAGAAAGUUUAUUUCUUAGACAGCUAUUCAUUUCCUAUUCCGCUAUUCUAAGGUUAAAUUCACAGAUGAAAACUCCAUUGUUGUCAAAGGUGGUUGUUAUAUUCCUAGAAAUCUCAGAAGUUUUGUUGUUGGGAUUCUCAAAGAACACUGGAAAUAGAACAACAACACCAUCAGAGUUAACUUUCGUGUUGUUGGAUGCGAUUGGGAAGUUUCUAGAAGAAUUGGGAAACCAUAUUUCUUCAUCUAACCCUACUUUGCCUCCAAAAGUUUAUGAAAGAUUGAUUGAUUUGCACUUAAAGGCAAUUGGAAAAUGCAUUUCUUUACAAGGAAAAGAAGCUGCUUUAGAGUCUCAUGAGACUGAAUCAAGUACAAAAACAAUGAAUGAUCAAAUUAAUGGAGUUUCUUGUUUAGAUGAACUCAAAAACAGAUUAAGAAUAUCAUUCAAAGUUUUUGUUGGAAAAUCUUCAGAGGUGUAUAUAUCUUCUGCUAUGCAGUCUAUUAAAAGAGCAAUGGUUGUAGGAAAUGUCUCUUCAGUUGUUGCAGCUGGAAUUGAUUGUCUUGAUUUAGUCCUUGAGGCCAUUACAGGAAGGAAGAGUCUGAACACAGUGAAAACAGAUAUAUUGGGCUCACUUUGUUGUCUCUUCAACAUUGUUCUUCAUUUGGAGGGCCCACAAAUCUUCUACAGAGACCUCACUUCAGUUACAUUCUAUUCUACUGAUCCAGAUCCUGGAUCUGUUGUUCUUAUGUGUAUUGAAGUACUUACAAAAGUGUCGGGAAAACACGCGCUUUAUCAAAUGGAUUCGUGCCAUGUGGCACAAGCUCUUAGUAUUCCUGCUACACUUUUCCAAAAUAUUCUGAAUAAGGGUGUGAAAACCGAUGUUUUAGAUAGAGAAUAUUCGAUUGAAUUAUAUGCAGCAUGUUGCAGGAUGCUUCAUACUUUACUCAGGCAUCAUAAAAGGGAAAGUUUACAGCACAUUGCUUUGCUUGAAGCUUCUGUUUCUGUUCUUCUUCAUUGUUUGGAGAUGGUAAACAAUGACCAAACUACCCUCGAAAGUGUUGUAUGGGGGUUACAAGAGGGGGUAAAAUGUGGAGCUUUCCUUCGAAGAAUUUAUGAAGAGAUACGACAACAGAAAGAUGUGAUUGGGCAGAAUUGUCGCCUGUUUUUAUCCAGUUACAUAGUGGUGUUUUCAGGAUAUGGUCCUCUGAAAACCGGAAUCAGAAGGGAGAUAGAUGAAGCUUUGAGACCAGGUGUUUAUGCUUUAAUAGAUGCUUGCUCAUCAGAUGAUCUCCAAUAUAUUCAUACUGUUUUAGGAGAGGGUCCAUGCAGGAACACCUUGGCAAAUCUACAGCAUGAUUACAAAUUGAAUUUCCAAUAUGAAGGAAAAGUUGAUUUCGAAUUUGACGCCACUAAAAUAUUCCAGAUCCUUCCAGGGUCAAUUUGUUCACAAACUAUUGUCAAUGGAUUUUCCGACUCGAUCCAGAGUACUGCGGCCGUGAUUUCCCUGUUUAAAAGUUAA